UGUUCAGAUCCCUUACGGACGCUAAGAAUCAUAAUCCGACAUGGCGGACGUGGUGGCCAAGCCUCCAGGCCGACUCAUCACUGCCGCCGACGCCACCACCACUACUGCCCUCGCCAAUGGCGUUCCGUCGAACCCCAUCGCCGGUAACAUUCUCAUCAUUGGUGCUACCGGCUACAUCGGCAAGUUUGUGGCAGAGGCCAGCCUCGCGGCCGGUCGCACCACGUACAUACUUUGCCGAAACGGUUCGACGAGCCCGUCCAAGGCUGCGGCGAUCCAACGACUGCAAGAGUCAGGCGCCAUCGUCCUUCAUGGCUCACAGGAUGAUGUCCAGUUGAUGACCAACCUUCUGAAGCAAUAUAAAAUCGAGAUUGUGAUCUCCGCAGUUGGUGGCGAGGCCAUUUUAGAUCAGUUACCUUUGAUUGAUGCCAUCAAGGCAGCUGGAAGUAUCAAGAGAUUCUUGCCUUCCGAAUUUGGGCACGACAUUGACAAAGCGAACCCAAUUGAACCAGCACUGACAUUGUACAAUCAGAAGAGAAAAAUCCGGCAAGCGAUCGAAGCUGCCGGAAUUCCUUAUACUUACAUAUGUUGCAACUCCAUUGCUGGAUGGCCAUACUUCGAUCAAAUCCAUCCUUCUGAGAUCGCACCCCCAACUGACUGCUUUGAGAUUUAUGGCGAUGGUAAUGUGAAAGCUUAUUUCGUAGCCGGAGAAGACAUCGGAAAAUUCACAAUUAAAGCUGCGGACGAUGUGCGCACUCUGAACAAGGUGCUACACUUCCGGCCACAAUGCAACUUUGUGACACUGAAUGAGUUUGCAUCCAUGUGGGAGAAGAAGAUCGGGAAGGAGGUGCCAAGGAAGUUCAUCUCUGAAGAUUGCCUCCUCCGCCUGGCUAAAGAGAACCGAAUUCCGAGCAGCAACGUGGCUGCUCUGACGCAUGACAUCUUUAUCAACGGCUGUCAGUUUGGCUUUGAGAUCGAAGGACCCCAAGACACAGAGGUUGGCCCCCUCUACCCUGACUCACCUCUCAUCCCCCUCAGCCAUUGCUUGGAUGCUUAUCUUUGCAACGGAGUGGAGAGAGCAGCCAACGUUCGAGUCCCCUGUAAUCAGCAAAUUUACAAUUAUUUGGCUUGAUAUAUGUUGCUCUUUUCCUUGUAUUCCUACGUCAAAUGUUGCUACCUUAUUAUAUAUUUCAUAUAUUUAUGGUUUGUUUCCUUUUAUGUCAACGUCACCUGUAAGCGUAAUGGCCAUCUGUUGUUAAUAAAGUUAUAUGAGAUGUCUGU